CCCGUCCGUCUGCGAGUCCCGCGAGUUGUUGCGGUCCCAGCUGUGAUAAUCCGCUCAUGUGUCGGCUGCGGUAAAAGGAGCUACAGCUACAACCGUGCGUCGCGCUCGUCUUCGUUGCAGUUGUCGCACUUGGCUCCGAGUUCCGAGAGUUGCGCACAAAUUGUCCGAAAAUGGGGCUACAGAUCACAGUGGAACCAGUGGUGUUUCUAUUCUUCGCCACCAUGCAUCUGGAGAUGAGCGCUGUCCAGGACAUUAUAAACACAAAGUGCUGCUUCAGGCACCUCAACACAACCAAUGUUGCGGACUGCCACUCGGCCCAGAACCAAACACGUACUGACAUCAAAGCUGAGGCAUCAGUGUGGAUUGCUUUCUACUACGGGACAAUGUCUAUUCUGACUCUGAUCUGUGGUAUGUGGGUUGGAUCAUGGAAUGAUCGCUUUGGUCGCAAGCGGCCCAUGCUUGUCCCCCUUGUUGGGGGGAUGGCAAGCGUGCUGAACUUCAUUUUUCUCUCGCACUACCUCAAUAGCAGCGUAUCAUUUGUCAUGAUCAGUGCCGUAUUGGUUGGCAUAUCUACCGGAAGUUUGGGAGUAAUAUCAAGCUGCUUUGGCUAUCUCACUGAUGUGACACCUUUCCAGUCCCGGAGUCGACGAAUUUCAAUACUCGAAGCCAUGAUCUUCACUGGAGGGGCACUUGGAAUGUACCUCGUUGGAGGCAUGCUCAAGACAACUACUUAUGAAGUGAUCUUCUUAGUUGAGCUCUUCAUCUAUGCAGUUGCCAUCUUCUAUGUUUUGCUUGUGAUCCGUGAUAAAGUGCCCACUGAAGCAAGCGUUGACACUGGAAUGGAGCGCCCUGGAAUCUUCUCUUUUCGGCAUGUGACAGACAUGGCAAUGACUGUAUUCAGGCUGCGGGAUCGUGGGAACAGAGCCCAUAUCAUUCUCCUGCUGCUUGCUGCUUUUGCGAUGUUCUAUGGCCUAGCAGCCCAGACCUACUUGACGUACACAUUCUUGACCGAUGAGCCACUUCGCUGGACUGCAAGUCAUUACAGUUUCCUGCAGGGAGUCAAUAUUGCUGUGGAAGGUGUAGCCCUCCUGGUAGUGCUACCUUUGGCCUACCGCUUCUUGAGUAUUUCUGAUGCUUUUGCUGGCCUCCUUGGAUCACUUUCAAGGUUCUUGGGUCUCUUGUGGCUUGGUCUCUGCACGACAACAUCUAUGGUGUACUUCAUUCCCGUACUUUUCGUCUUCAGUGAGUUUACAAGCCCUUCAGUUCGUGCAUUGCUAUCAAAGAUUGUAGCGGUGGAUGAAAAAGGCAAGGCUUUUGCUGUGAUGAGCGCUCUGCAGUCCUUUGCCAUGUUCACAGGGUCAUUACUGUUCAAUGGCCUCUACCCAGCCACAUCAAAGUUCUUCAAGGGUUUUGGCUUUGAGUUCGCUGCAGCUCUACAAAUCAUCCCCAUUGGAAUUUUCUUGUACCUGUACUUCCGAUUCAAGAGGGAGGCACCUUAUGCUGAAAUCGAGGGUGAAAGCAUGAGUUCCAAUAUUGUGGAGAGUUGAGAGCCCGCAAAGGCAGUGCCAACUUCAUGCUUUCCGUACAGGAGGGAGAGUGGCUGAUGAGCAUGACUUUGAGUGGUGUACAUGUUUGACAGGGAGAGAUGUGCCAUAUUAUCCUCACCUUAAGACUGGUACAGCAGCAGUGUGCUUGGGAUUGUGGAAUGGGGUUUGUGAAGUUGCCCCUCCAACGGUUGGCACUUGCAAACUGAAGAAUAGCUUUGAGAACUGUGAGCAUCGUAGCAUAGCAUGUCCUUAAUGAUUACGCUGUAAUCAGGCAUGCACUCCAGAAGUGGAGCUUUGCAUAAUAUGGUUAGUGGAAAAGGUUGAAUUGAUCUGCAGCUGGUUGGGGCUAACAAACUAACUAGUUCUAAUUUUGGGCACUGCCUCCCUUAACUUAAAUGUUCACUGCUCAUUGCAGAAGGCACAGAGGCAAAUUUAUGUUGUCACAAGCUAAUGGUCAAUUUCAUGAGAGAUGGAAACAGGUGGUAUAUUUGACAUUCUCUAAAUUUUUCUGAUAAUUUUGCACAUUACGCACCCAUGACUGAAUAGUGCUAAACUGCUGCUUCUCUUUAAGGAAAGCUAUCAGUAAACUGGAAAGAAAUUAUUAAAGGUUGUUAGGCAAACACAACAAUUUUACGAAAUGUGCUUUUUCUUAAAUUCACGACAGUGCUUAAGGCCACACAAGGGUAAUAUAGCAGAUAUUUUUAUUUCCAGUGCAAAUUGAAGUAAAAUAGAAGUAGCUCACAACAUUUUCUAAAUUUGUGAAAAAAAGCAACUUAAAAAAAAUGUCUCAAAGAGACAGCAUUUUUUAAGCAUGCUCAUCUUUGGGAUUCUGUUCCUACUCCUCUGUACAUCUCAGCUUUUUGCAAUUUACAGCCGAGGUAGGCCUUUAGGUGGAGGACAAACCUGUGCCGUCUUAUUCUUCUACGAAUUUUUAAAGCAAUAAAUAUUUUUACUCAGAACAUACUCGGAACAUCAAAAUUAGGAGAAUGUUACUUAUUGAAAACUGUCUAUAAAAAAAGCCCCUUUAAUCUCGUUCACUGUCACCCAAGUUGUUUUCUCAGUACUGUGAAAUACUAUUAUGAAAAGACAUGUUGCAUAAUUUUUAUUGUAACAAUGUUGCAAAUGUUCAAAUACAUAUUGUGUUUUGAGAGAGUUGUCCAGAGUGCUGAAAUGAGCAUUUCUUGCAAAAGAUCAAUGGCAAUAAUGUGGUAUUUGCAGUUAGUGGAAAAUGUUUUGGGAAGAACUGUUUAAAUGAAAUGCACUCGCAUAUUUUUGUGACCAGUACAGUGGCCGAUAUUCCUCGUCAACAGGCAGCACACCCAGGGGUGGCUUUCCUUUCAUUCAUACGAUUGCAUGGAAUGGAAUUAGUAUCUUGGAUGCUAACGAAUGCAUUCACUCAAUGCGUAUGUUGCAUUGUCGUGCUAUUCCGAAAUUAAAAGGUUGUUAAGAAAGGGAAAGAUCAUUUGUGCUCCCAGAUAGCAUUCGCCAAGAUUGUUGGUUUAGUUAACAGUGUUCAUUUUACAGCGAAGCUGUAUAUGGUUAGGUUCUGGUGGAUCACGUCUACGGACAAAACGAAGCGUAGAACAACAAUUAUAAAAAAGGUGGGCCGAUCCUGGUGGUAGUGCAGAACCGGUCCAAGCUCAAUGGCACAUGCCCCUGUCACGUGGGCCGAUCCUGGUGAUAGCGCUGAAAGGGUCCAAGCUCAAUGGCACAUACCCCUGUAGGCUCGGGGACCUGUAACGCAUCCUUGAACUACCCUUGUUACUCGUGGGACCCAAAGAGACAAAAACAGUGCAGAGGAGUGAUGAACACUGUUGCCCAAACUCUAGUCUAUGAUGAUGCGUGUCGAAACGUCAGUGAUAAAACGUAAUAGUCUACCAACCAAUAGCUGUGUCUCAUUCUCUCUUGACAUAGCCAUUUCCCUAGCGACGUCAACUGUUGCCCCUUAGACUCGAUAUGGGUAAGACCCGUAUCGCUCGCUCCAAAGAGGAAGAGCGUGCCUUCAAGGAGCGUCAGCGCGCUCAACAGAGCGAAUGGAUGCGAAUGCGACGAGAAGCCGAACGCGCAGCGGCCCAACGUGCUGCGGCCGAUGGUGCAAGGUGGUGUGAAUCUAGUCGCCUAAACUCGCUUUCACUCGCACAUACAGCAUACGGCGAGCGGUGAUGCAAUAAAGUUAUGUGUUGUGUCUUUUCAACCAUUUAACAUAACCGACAAAUUAAAAAUUUUUAAAUAUAAUUAAACAAAACCAACAGCUUCGCUGGUCUUCCUGCUUCACAUAAUGGAAGGGCUCUGAAUUUUUUUGUAGCAGAUGUGAUCAACCAGGGUUUAAAAAGUUUUGAUUAUGUGAAGUUUGGUGGCAGCAGUUAUGGCCGCAGACAAAACACGUUUAGGACAAGUCGCGUCUGGUCUGCGUAGCCAAACAUGCCAUGGAUGCCUUGCACAUUGGUCACGAGUUCCCACUCCUUCCAUGUUUCAUCACGGAAACACUCAAUCUCACUUGCAAGUGCACGAAUCAGCUGGAUGUUCUUGAGCUUGCCUUGCAGUUAUGCGACCAUUUCAGAUGCCGGCUGUAGUACUUUUCUGUUUUCUGCCCUUAGGUUGUGAAGGAAAGCUUGAUCUUUUAUGGCUUCUCCAACUCUGCCACAUGAGUUCUUUGCAGGUCCGGUCGCGGAAGACAGCAGCUUUACUGACUUAUAAUUUUUGCCUAAAAGCUCAUAGAAUUGAAAUUUGUUCUUGAAGUGGCUUGCAGCUCAGUCACUUACAUAGGUGACGUGGCUUUGUGAGGGAACUUCAAAGCUUUGAACUCAUGGAUCUUGCUUAAUGUGAAGCAAGCAUUGGCUGCGUCAUGCGACAUGUCAUCGCUUAUAACAACGUAACUAUGCGCUGUUUUUCUGGUGGUUACAACACAAGUGAAAACUGACGCUUGUUUUUUGUGCCAGUGGUAGCAUUGAAUCUCAGUUGAAACAAUGGCAGUCCAGUUUUCUGUUCAGUCAAAAUUCAAAAUGGGGGAUGCUUGUUGCUUGCAUUGUUUUGCUUCACGAAUGGCCACAACUUGUGUCGUGCGGGGCCUACUUUAAGUCGUGCAGGGCCUACUUUAAGAUUCACUUAGCUAGUUCCUUCACAAACGAAGUUGGCUACUAUGUUUUCUUUACAGUGUCUCCAUUUUCCCACACUGUAUAUGUGGUGUAUAUGUGGCUGGGGCCCCCAUGUUUUUGUAGUUAUUCCAUUGCUCAUAGUACUCGAUAGUAUAGGCAUCACCCAUGAAACGUUUUAGUGCAGAAAUGUAGAGCUUGGCGUUGGCACAGUAAAUGCAAAGGCACACUUCUUGGUGGGGAACAAGCAGAACCCACUUUGGACGACAUGAGUAAAACUUCGGCAAUGCUGUUGAAAUGUCCCGAUUAGCCGCCUUGAACACACAAUAUUCAUCUCGUAUUGAGUCAGUCAAAUAUUCUGGGCAUGUACUGCUUUUCACCAUCAACAAAAACGCACACGUCUUUUUUUUUGGCUCUGUUGUACUCGUACUCAUCUUUUGUGUAGUAUUCCUUGGCGGUCUGCAUCCACCUUGAGGGGCUGUCCGCACGCCAUUCUUCUCACGCCAACUUCGUGCCUUGUGAAUCAUGUACUUUGAUAAAUUUGGCGUGGCAACCUGGAUUUUUCGUACCUCAAGUUUGCUGGUAGCAGUGUCAAGAAUUGUAGGUGCAUUUAAUAAGAUAAGAUGUAGACUCUUUGUAGGCUUUCCUCAAGUUUCCCGUUCAUUCAAGGCAGUCGUAAAAAUUGUUCCUUGAGGGUCCAGGGCUGUCGGUUCUCCCAAAAAGAGCGCUGACCCCUGAUCGAAUUUUGAUUGCUUUCGAUUUCUCUCCGCUUCCUUUUUACUAAAGUUUUUCUUCGUCUUUGAGGAACACGACAGGGGGACCUCAAGGGGGAAACGUCAGUGAAUUCCAUAUACCUGUUCAGCUUACCGAUCGUCUCUUCCUCAGGGAUGAAGAUGUCACCGGUAUCUUAAAGAGUCCGAGAAGGCUGAGAACAAAUCCUUGUACUGCUUGAAGCAGUGUUGACAGAUCUGAUCUGCAUCUCUAAUUGGACAUGCACCUUGAUGCAAGCCCUUUCGCAGCAUAGAGACACGGACACCUUCAGCACUGCGGAAAUUUUUCUGGAACGGAAUUGUCUUCUUGUGCGCCAUGAGGUAGUCGGCACAAAAGACUCGUUGCUGUAAGGCGUAGCCAUGGCUGCCUUCCGAGCUCAGGACGGUCAAAGAGCCAAAAUCAAGCGUGCUUUCAACGCCGAUGUGCUAUGUCCAGCCUCGGCAAGAGGACGUGCACCACCCUCGCUCACUCUGGCCGCUGUAACUGAAGUGGCUGUAUCCGGUAACCUGAACUGUGCCUGAAACCAAGCAGAGCCUGCAAGACAGAACACCUGCAUGCAUCGUAACCUAAAUAAAGAAUUCUGAAUGACAUAACAUAAAGCUCAGAAGUUUCUCGCUGAAUUUGGCUUACUGGCAGAGCCGUGCACCUCCCUGUUGUCUGCACAUACGCAUUUAUCUGACGUCUGCGCUUCGACAUCAUCUGAAUGGGCACACAGAUACACUGCAAAAGGCAAACACUGUUGGCCCACUGUCUAUUUCCAUAGCUUUCACUUUGGAACAUUGCUGAAUAAAAAAAAAAACGAAGAAUGGAGGGUUAUAAAGGUCUCGCUGCCUGUUGGCGAGGAAUAUCAUCCACUUUACUGAAGUCACAAACUAUGCGAGUGCAUUUCGUUGAAACAGUUCUUUUCUUUUCCGAAAACAUUUCCCACCUGACCCCAGAUGCCUCAUUCUUGCCGUUGAGCAAGGCUCAGAAGAGAAGGAGGCAUAUCCUUGUAUUUUUCACAAGAAAUGCUCAUUUCCGCACUAUGGACCACUCUCUCAACAGAAUAUUCUAACAUUUGUGUAAGGAAAUAAUAAUGAGACGGUCUGUUUAGUCAGCCAUUUUAAUGAACUUCUUCCUCUGUGCCCCCAGCCCCAGUCUCGGUCGUCUUCUUCCUUCAGGGAGGUUCCGCUUCAGGCUCUUCACAAUUUGUAACAUUGUCUCUGAAUUUCACUCUCAAUUCUGAGGCUUUUUCCUAUUUACUAAUAACUUUAUUUAAACCAAGUAGCAAUUUAGCAUUAUUCAGUCACAUGUGUAAUUUGCAACAUUAUCAGAAAAUUAAAUUUCGUCAAAUUUAACACAUGAUCCUACCUCUCAUAGAAUUGACCUAAUGCUGUUUAUCUAACUUCUUAUUCACGACUGAAAAGAAAAUGUACUGUACAACAUUAUUUAUAUUUUUUUGUUUAUUUUUCAACACACAAGUCGUUUUGUCAAGUUCUGUAUUUUCAUAAUCCUAAUUUUAUUACUGGCAUCAUCAAGCAAACUUUAGACAACAGCAAAUGACGAAGCAUUGAGUGUAUUCUGUUGAAAGAAAAUGUUAAAGCCAUACUUAUGGGGUUCACAUCUUUCUGUUUAUUGAAAUGGCUCUGGUAGAACUGUAACUGACAGUAUUCAAUAUUAUAUUUGUUGCAGUUUGUUGAUUUAGACAAGGCGUUAAGUGUAAACUCCCACAAGAAAGCUUAUAACCACAUAUAUCGCAUAAGAGACUUGACAUGUAUUGUUUUAAUUGUGCACAACUGUGCUGGUCACACAACUUGAAGAGCUUGUAUGUUCUUGUAUUUGUAGGAAACUUAUUAAUCUUGGAAGCGUCUGUUCAAACUUUACACUGGAUAUAUAUUCCAUACUCCGUCCACAAAGCAGUCAAACAAUCUAGUUGCAAGAAAGUUUAUUUUGUUUGAUGUGGUUGCUGAUGGGCAGCCUUAAAGUUGUCUUGUUUAUCUGAUAUCACAUGUAACAUUGUUCUGUGGUGGAAACCGUUGUUGCUGAUUGAUCAGGUUUCAUUUUAUGUUGAGAGCUUGUGCUUGGUGAGCUAAUUCCAGCAGCAUACCUGCAUGUUGUCAUUGUCACCCGAUGAAGUCUUUCAUAGUGUGCUGUUCAACGCACACAUUGUUGCUUUUUUUUUAUUAUAAUACCUUUAGGUGUUUUUUUUUUUACUCUCUUUGAAGCGGUCUCUUUUCUAUGAGCAGCUAAGAGACAUUGCUCUCAUACUCCUGUAUAUACUGUGUUUUCAGGAUGAACACAUAAUAUAUAAGUGCAUUGCAAUAACAGUGAAAAUUUAUUAAGUGAUUGUGAUUGCUUAUUGAGCCUUAGCACAUAAGUGGCAUAGAGCAAAGAACAUUUCGUGGACCACUGUCAUAGCCCAGAUUCUAUUUGGGGGGGGGUUAUGGAAUGCCGCCUAUUAUACGUACACAUGACAGACUUACAUGUCCAUGAAGUUUGGUGGGGGAUUUUAAGAUCUCUGCUUUGCCUUUGCCACUGCCGAAAACAAUAUAGACUUAUACUUAAGAGGAAGCUUUAGCUCGGACCCCACUGCGAUGCCGCCUAUUCAAAUACAUGUAAAACAAAGAAAUGCUUUUCUGAGAUAACCCCUGAGCCGAUUUUAAUGAAAUGUGUCGCAUUUGAGAAAGGAAGUUGAAUUCUAGUGACUUGCAAGCGAAAUCUUGAUUUAAGUCCUGUACUUUCUUUUUACAAAAUUUAGCGAAAAUUGGCAAGUCUGAAAGAAAUAGAAGCAUAAAGUUUUCAAAUCCGUAACUCUUCACCAAGAACAUAAAUCACAGAUCUUUAAACUGCAUCUGUUGGAACAUCUAAAGCGAACAAAUUUGAUAUAUGAAUUUAUAUGUUACAUAAAUUUCUUACAAUGUUUACAAGGUUUACAAUAGCUACCAACUCGCUCAACUUUCAGUAGGUUUACAAGGGUUUUGCAAAAAUCCUGCUCACACAUUUGUGAUGUACUUGCGAACCAUACAUCAAUUUUGUCUUCCUUAAAUGUACUAUUGGAUGCAGUUUAGAGCAUGUGAUAUCAGUCUUGAUUGCUGAGUUACAGAGUUGUAAACUUGAUAUUAUUGGUUUUUGAUAUUAUUGGUAUAUUAUUGCAAUUUUUAACAAUUUUUAUAGAAAAAUUGACGAUCUAAAUCAAGAAUCCGCAUCCAACAGUUACUAAAUUUUAACUUUUUCUUUUCAAUGCAACAAACCUCAUCAAAUUUGGUACUCUGGUUGCCUUUAAAACAAUUUAUCCUUUCCCAUGUAAAUAGAUAAGAACCCCGAGCUAAAGAAUCCUUUUAAAGGGGCCCUGAAACACUUUUUGAACAUAGUAAGAAAACAUUGCCAAUCUAGAGGCUGCUUUGAACAUGUCAGCCAAAUAUUACUGCACUGCAUAUAGCAGGGAACUUACAAUCUCGUACCAAAAACGAUGAAAAAUUGCUUGUUCUCGCUACCGCAAUACCAUCAUGCAGUGCAAUACCAUUGAAAGCAGCUGGACCCACCAAUGCUAUUGGCUGGUUUCAUGACCACGAGAGUAUUCUCAGUAAUACAUAAUUGCUAAUUUUAAGUUAAAUAAAUGCGAAAUGUAUAUGUGUGCGUUCUUAGAAAGACAAAAAAAUCAUUUUUGUUUUGCAGUGCGCGUAGCUGCAUCAUCUGUGCGUGGCCUCCAAGAUGGCAGCCGUGGGCUGCAUAGCUUAUAGUCUAUCGUGGCUGCCAUAGGGUGCCGUGAUGAGUUCUUUUGCCGCCGCACCAUACUCCUCAACUUUUGGCUGGGGCCCUUGCCCUGUUCGCAUCUCCGCUUUGUAGCUUCCAUCGCGCUAGCGGAAAUGAAAAGAGAAAGCCAGGCAUCAGUGUGAUGACCCCCCACUUAUAGUUGAAAAAUUCAAACAAUAUUUUGGGGUGUUAGAUUCGUGAGACGACGUCCUUUAAUAGGGAGGCCAUUUAUCAUUUGUUGGAAAAGCGUGGCAGGACCCUUGUUGUGGGCCAGAACUGCAUUAUUGGAAUUAACUUAAGUUGAAAGAUUCGAACAAUUUUCAGGGGUAUUAGAUUUGCAAGACGACGUCCUUUAAUAGGGGGGCCAUUCUAUCAUUAGUUCGAAAAGUGUUUCAGGCCCCCUUUAAUGGGCCAGAACUGCAUUACUGGAAUAAAAUGGUGUGGCUUGUGUCAUGUGCACAAAGGUUUUUCCAGCCGAGAUGCAAGAAAAGCGUAAAACUAGACCCCUUAAAGUGAGUAACCUGACAUUCAUUUCUUCUUGACUGGUCAGAAGUAAUCCUGUUGCUUGUUAUGGGUGUAUUGAUGAGUAGUCUGUAGUCAAGUCCCUAUUGCAGAUAUGAAAGAACUUACUUAAUUCAUCUUCCUUGGUACCACAGCAAGAAAGCAUUAAAACCAGAAGCCUUAUGAUUACGAUAUAUGAGGUUUUAUGGCGAAAGGGCAAGGUAUAGCCAAAGAGCGCCAAGACAGAAAACUUAUAAGGUGAACAAGUUGUGAAAUAUUGAAUGAGAGCCUUUAGGCAGUGUUUCAACUUGAAAAUAAUUUAUUUUGCAAUUUAUUUAAAGUAUGAAGGCAUUUUCAGUAGAAGUUUAUCAUUUCUUGCAUACCUCAGACAAAAUUAUGCUCUUUUCUAAUUGUAAGGUUGCUUCAUGGGAGUCCACAUUGCCAGUGUAAUUGACAUGCAUUUUUAUUAUGUAGUAUGGUGUGUGCAAUAAGCAUAACUUUUUUUUUUUGCUGUUUUAGAAGACGUGCCUGACCUUGUGUUAAUUUCCCAAAGUAUCAUGUAUUGAAAUACAUUGUCGGUUUGUGGCUUUUUAUUAGAACUGGGCUUCAGUGGUGUGAUGCACCGAAAAUGUAACCGCACAUAAAAGCAGGGUUAUGCUGUGUAUAUGAGCGCAUAUACCUUCCAACUGAAUUGUAGGGGUGCUACGACGCUGGCUUAUGGUUAACGAAAUUGUGUCAUCAUGGCAAACAAGCUUACCUAUAAAAACCUGCAUUUAAUACAGAAUGGCACAUAAUAUGAGGCGAGAUUUAGAGACAGCGAAAAGCGGAAAAAAAAGUUUCAUCCGCAUGUAAUAAGAGUGAGGCAAACUUGGCAAGAACAUUUACUUACAUCAGACAUCGAAUUGUGAUUCUCGAUUGUGCUGUUGUCGGACAGUUACUUGUCAGAAAACUCUUCCUAGAAAUAAUCAUCUUCUGUGCCGUCGAGCGCAUUCGAAAUGCCACACUUGGUAAAAGCGUGACGCACCAGGUCCUCUGGGAUGCUCGCCCAUGCGUCUGCAGUUUACUUGCACACAGUGGCUGGCUGGAGGAUUGUCCGGUACACUAGAGGAUGAUGGUAGCCAUGUAGCAAUAACAAAGCCAGAACGUUGAGCCCGAUUUUUGGCUGUAAUAUUGGCUUGGAUCCGCAUUUGUUACGAGGAAGAAACUUGGGACGCUAAUGAUUGGUAAAAAUCCUUGUAUUCUGUGUGAAUUCUUAUGGUAUUUUGUUUUAUAACUAUCCUCUUUAUAGCUUAUAAAGUCGGCAAAGUUGCAUGUUUGUGAUUUUAAAUGGGGGUGUAUGCAUGAUUGGUCAAUUUACUUUGCGAACAACUGUAAUGAUUUUAUUAUGUUGGGAAUGUUUGGUGUCAUAUUCUUUCACAUGGCUGUGAUAUCACACACCUUUCAUUUUGUGAGAAGGUAGACUCAUUCUCAAUUUUUUUCCCACUUUGGUAAUGGUAGUGCCAAUGUUCUGAAACUUGGUGUGCACCUUCAUAAUUCAGUGAUCUCUGUCACUGUUUGACCUUAUCAACUAUCUGCUCGUGUUAAUUUUCAUGUGUCCCUGGUGAUGGCCAUGACUCUCAUCAAACAUUCCAGAACAUUUUUUUGCAGCCAUUUUGGUAUAGUUAUGUAAGAAAUUAAUACUUCAAUCUUUCAGUCAUUCACAUAUAAUUCAACAAAAUUCGGCUGUGAAGUGGGUUUAGGACAUUCUGUAAAAUGAUGGCCCCAGUUUGGAUGCACGAGUCUCACACCUACACCUGUGGUGUCUUGUAUCUCUGUUUAUGCAAGGGGUAAUUUUGUAAAAACAACAUGAAGCACUGCCAAGUGUGUGUUUUUUUCUCCUUGGACACAGUAGACCCCUAGGAGUUUUGAGGGACAAACUACUGUUUAAAAAGCUUGGUUAUUUUGCACCUCCAGCACAAAGUGAACCUACUCAAUACUGUAAUCAUCCCCAAUAAAUUCUCUUACUGUUACAAA